UUGCAAAUGAUAAGAGCGCUUAGCUGGCUGAAUUCUGCCACUUACUCCAACUGUACAGUGGAGAUCUCAUGAACAGGCAAGAAGAGCAACACAGAUUGGAAUUCUCACCAUCAGAUCUUUGUGUGACCCAGAGAUGUCUUUGGUAUGUUUGUCUGACUUUGAGGUGUAUGCUAAAGAACGUUUACCUAAAACCACCUGGGAUUACUACGCUGCUGGGGCAGAUGAAUGCUGUACUAGAGAUGACAAUCUGAUGGCAUAUAAAAGAAUCCGCCUGCGUCCACGAAUGCUAAGGGAUGUCUCCGUAACAGAUACAAGGGUAACCAUCCAGGGAAUGGAGAUCAGUUUUCCCAUAGGAAUCGCACCUACUGCUUUCCACUGCAUGGCAUGGCAUGAUGGGGAGAUGAGUACAGCCCGUGAGAUAGCAAGAACUGAAGAUGCUGGAGUCAGAGUCAACACAGUAUGGAGCUGGAGGAACACAGCAGCUGCUGAAGCCAUGAACACAUGUUACAUUGCAAGCACAUACUCCACCUGUUCUGUGGAAGAGAUUUCAGCUGCAGCACCGAAUGGAUUUCGAUGGUUUCAGCUUUAUGUCUAUCGCAACCGUAAACUGUCAGAGCAGCUAGUACAUCGCGUGGAAGCACAUGGGUACAGGGCCAUCGUUCUGACUGUGGAUGUCCCUUAUACUGGCAAACGGAGAAAUGAUAUCAGGAACAACUUUAAGCUACCACCUCACCUCAAAAUCAAAAACUUUGAUGGCAUUUUUGAGGUAUGGCCAUUUCCCAUUUUAAAGAUGCACUAUGAAGUUAAGUGAUUCCAGCCAGCUCAU